AUGCGCACACACGCCCGGACGCGUACUACGACUACUGUUACUACUACUACCAACACUACUAUCACUACUACCACCACCACCACCACCACCAACACUACUACUAACGUACCGUCGACAAAACAUCAACCUAUAUCGUGGUCAACAUGUGGUUUUCCGCCUUCAAAUUUGAUUACUCCGGACUUCGCACGGAUAGCAAACUUAGGUACGCCCAUCCCAUCAUACAGGGCCACACAAGCCCACUCACAGUGCACACUGCACAGUGCACACAAGCACAUGAGUCUUACUCAAAGCACAAUUGAUAUGAAUCGAAGCUCCGUAGUGUCUCCGCACAUGUGGCCUUUGUUAUUAUUGUCAUCGGCAGUCAAUCAAAUUUCCCCGACACGAGUGGACUUCUGGAAUUCUCCUUUGGGUCAUUUAAGAUUUUGGUACUCAAACUAA